UCCGGGGUAGGGGCCGGGCCAGCUCGCGCCGGCCGGGGCUCCGCGGCCACUCAGCCGGUGCCCGUCGCCGCGGCGGCCGCUCUACCUCCCUCCGGAGUCCGGCAGGUGUUUCUGCAGCGAGUGAAGCCAAGUCCACGCUGACCUGAGGGUCCACGUCAGGACAGAAGAUGCGCGCACCCAUCCCAGAGCCCAAGCCCGGAGACCUGAUCGAGAUCUUCCGCCCGUUCUACAGACACUGGGCCAUCUACGUUGGGGAUGGAUAUGUGGUCCACUUGGCACCACCAAGUGAGGUCGCGGGAGCAGGUGCGGCCAGCAUCAUGUCUGCUCUGACCGACAAGGCCGUGGUGAAGAAGGAGCUGCUGUAUGACGUGGCCGGGAGAGACAAGUACCAGGUCAAUAACAAGCACGACGACAAGUACACCCCGCUGCCUGCCAGCAAAAUCAUCCAGCGGGCAGAGGAGCUGGUGGGCCAGGAGGUGCUGUACAAGCUGACCAGCGAGAACUGCGAGCACUUCGUGAACGAGCUGCGCUACGGAGUUCCCCGCAGCGACCAGUUUUGUUUCAGGGUUGCUGCUGUGCCUGAUACAACGUGCAGGGCUGAGACGGUGGAUGGCAGGCCUGCUGGUGACGAGACUGGGAAGGAAGGUCAGAGACGUGGUCAUGGCCGCAGGCGUGGCAGGAGUGGGCUUGGCAGCCAUGGGCCUGAUCGGGGUCAUGUUCUCAAGAAACAAGCGACAAAAGCAAUAAGCUGACGGGCCGGUCGUAUCGGCAGUGACUUUAUACACGGGAGGAGGGGUGUUGAGGUUGGUUCUUGUUUUGACAGUUCGGAGCUUGGUUUGUGCAUCGCAUUCUACUAUACAAUAAGGCUUAUUUUCCCAGAAUAAAAUAAAGCACACAAA